UAUAGAAACCAAUUCUAAAAUUCUAAGCUUCUACAGUUCUAAGCUUCUAAAGUUGUACGUUUCUAAAGUUUUUUUACCUGGAAAAUUUGGAAAUUAUUUUCAGACUUGCAAAGUGAGACAAAUGAUUUUCCAGAGGGUUAAAUGAUGGAUAUUUUUCAACCUAAGCACAACUCAGAAGGCCACACCUGCAGCACUGUGCAUGGUGAGGAGUGCCGUUCUCCAUGCAUCGGAGAUGUUGGCAACCUUGCCAUACAAACAAGUAAAGGAGAUGUGCAUUUACAGAAGCCUGUUAAUGAACGACAAAAGUCCAGCUUUAGAACAGGCUCAUGUAAACGGCAAUUCAAGUCUCCCCGUGAAGGUGACAAUGAUGAUGACAACCAUGAAACCCUUGCAAUGAUUCGCCAGCAACUUCAUGGCCCUGGUGGGCCUGAUGGAAAUAUGAGGGUAAAUCAGACAGAAAGCGAGUCACAUUGCUCUAAAACUUCGCUCGGUAAUCUUAAACGAUGCCGGGACGACCAUGAGGAUGAGGAACAAACUGCCUUUAGUCAGCAGCCUGCAAAAAAAACAAGGCUUGGCUCUUCAGAAAUCUUUGGUCUUGAAAUAUCACCGGGCUUUGGUGAUAUGGCUAAUCUUCAGCGUCUUAACAGACGAUCAAUGCCCAGCUCUGAAUCAGGCGAACAUAAAGUGCAAGAUAAGUUGUCUUGUGACAGUGAUAAUGGCAGUAACGACUAUGAAACCUUUGUGAUGACUUACAACCAACCGCCCAUCCCUGGUGGUCCUGAUGAAAAUCCAAUAGUAAAUCAGACAGACAGUGAGCCAGAGUGUUCUAACCAUGAGGAUGAGGAAGAAGCUGGCACCAGUCAGCAGCCUGCAAAAAAAGUCUGGUUUGCCUCUUCCGAAUCCAGACUUAUUGCAAUGUUAUUGCAUUUAACAGAUAUUCCUAAUCUGAAGCCUGUAAAUCGACGACAAAAUCCAAUAGUAAAUCAGACAGACAGUGAGCCAGAGUGUUCUAACGAUGAGGAUGAGGAAGAAGCUGGCGUCAGUCAGCAGCCUGCAAAAAAAUCCAAGAGGAAAUUUCUGUAGGUGUUGCAUCUUUCUCUCUCUCUCUCUCUCUCUCUCUCUCUCUCUCUCUCUCGCUCGCUCGCUCUCUCUCUCUCUC